CUACACAUCGUAUUGGACAUAAGGAAUGGUGGUGAAAUCCGAAAUUCCAUAACAAAACUUUCAAAUAAUAAUGAUAAUGAUAAUUAUCAUUCAAAUGAAGAUGAUUAUCAUCAACCUGAUUUAAUACCGGAUGAUGAUGAUGAUGAUGAUGAUAAUGAAAAAUCAUUACGAUCGGAUCCAUUACCAUUAUUACAAUUAAAUGAUAUUGUUUGGCGUAAUGUAAUAUUAUUAUCCAUUCUACAUAUAUUGGCCAUUUAUGGCUGGUUCAUAUUCGUAAUGGAUCCAAAUAUUAAAUGGCAAACAAGUAUAGCAACAUUUAUACUUGGCCUAUUUUCAUCAUCAUUUGGUAUAACGGCCGGCGCACAUCGUCUUUGGUCACAUCGUUCAUAUAAAGCUAAAUGGCCAUUAAGAUUAAUUUUGGCAUUUGCCAAUACAAUGGCAUUACAAAAUGAUAUUUAUGAAUGGUGUCGUGAUCAUCGUGUUCAUCAUAAAUAUUCGGAAACCAAUGCCGAUCCACAUAAUUCAAGACGUGGUUUUUUCUUCGCACAUAUGGGCUGGUUAAUGGUUAAAAAACAUUCAGAUGUUAAAUUGAAAGGUAAAAAUAUUGAUCUAUCCGAUGUAUGGGCCGAUCCAAUCAUACGUUUUCAGCGUCGUUUUUACAUACCAUUGGUUAUUAUUUGCUGGGGAAUCAUACCAACAUUGAUACCAUUCUAUUUUUGGAAUGAAACAUUAUGGCAUUCAUUUUUAGGUUGUGUUUGUUUCCGUUAUGUUUAUGUAUUACAUUGUACAUGGUUGGUGAAUAGUGCCGCACAUCUUUGGGGACAUCGACCAUAUGAUGUAAAUAUUGAACCAAAAGAAAAUGAUUCCGUAGUAUAUCUAACAUUUGGUGAAGGUUAUCAUAAUUAUCAUCACACGUUUCCAUGGGAUUAUUCAGCAUCCGAGUAUGGUUCCUAUUAUAAUUUCAAUUUAACAACAUUGAUUAUUGAUCUAUUCGAACAUUGUGGUUGGACAUUUGAUUUGAAAAAACCAUCCAAUGAAUUGAUUGUGGCAAGAAAAUAUCGUACUGGUGAUGGUACAGAAAAUUUAUUAUUACGACGAAAAAGUCUUUACGAUUGGUUGGUUGGAAUUUUUGUUACAACAUCAAAUCUAACCAUUACAUUAAUGUUACGAAUGAUUUAUCAAUAUCUUGCCUAUUGAGAACAACAUCCACACACACACACACACACAUCAAGUAUUGAUCUUGUUUUUGAUUUGCGAAUUUGCAAUUGAUUUUCUGAAUAGAUACUACAACUACCACUACUACUGCAACAACAACAACAAAAACAACUGUGACAAUAUUCCAAUGUUGUUUUUUUUCUGGAUUUUUGUUUUGGUUUUUAUUUCAUCACCAAUCAAUGUUUCAAAUGUUGUUGUUUGGUUGACACAACAGAUUAUAAACGAACCAAUCAUCAUCAUCAUCAU